CGAGCCUCAAAUGAAGCAUAACGAGGACGGUAUUCAAGCACAGACGCUUCAAGAGGCCGAUGUUGACGACGAUGAUGAUAGUUUGAUUGCCCUUGUCGAAGCGGACUUUCAGGACGCCCUAUUACAAAGCUAUGAAACGUUUGCCAGAGCGUCUUCCGUGGAUCAAGAAUCCCUCCCAACCAUCGUAGACUCCCCACAACAAUGGAACAAAUUGGACCCGGCAGCUCUUGGUGGGCAAUCGCCCUCCUAUCAUCAAACCUAUAUGUCCUCCCUCGCUACCAACUCGACUCGGCGUGCGUCUGCAAUGGACGAAAUUGGAUCACAUGUUCAGGGGGGACAGCGCCUGCGCCGGGGUAGUACAAACGCAUCUAUUGGGACGCGGGACGGUCUUAUGGCUGCCACAGCCAAGGCUUUACCGGUCACCUUGACAUACGCCCCUUACGGAUUUUGCCUCAUGUCUCGCUUCUCUUUCAUCAACUCGCUCCGCACCCCCCUGACCGCUUUGUUUGACCCCAAACAAACCCGGAAUCGGUCCGCCCUGCGUGUCAUCCAAACCCUCCUUGCCGAUCAUCCCCCUGUUCGGAUUCCCCUCGAUGCGGCCGACCGGGAUGAAUCCUUGUUCUUGCCCUUCUCUACCCCUCUCCCAUCUUCACCGCACGAGCUGGCAUCUGGCCUCUCUCCAUCGGGACUUCUAUCACCCGCUUUAACCCAGCCAGGCUCUGCUUCGGCGUCUACCAACGGUCAUGGUCCAACCUCAGCGACAGCUCAUCAGCAUCAGUUGCCCACUCAAAUCGACUUUGAAAUUGACCUUCUUUUCCAAUGCCUAAGCUCUCGCAACCUCAUCCUCGUCUUCCUCGCCCUUCUUUUGGAGUGCAAGGUCUUGCUCAUAUCUGAGCGGCUAACUCUCUUAACGGUCGCUGGGGAGGGUCUUCGGCUUCUCCUCCAUCCUCUAAAAUGGUGCCAUGUCUACGUGCCGUUGGUACCGGAAGUCAUGAUUGAUCACGUCAUUGGCUGCCCUACCCCCUUCCUUAUGGGGCUGCACCGCAAAACCUUUUUGCUGCGGCGGAAUGAUUUCCCCAUGGAGAUCAUGCGAGUCGACCUGGACAACGACUACGUCGAAGUGCCCGCCAAGGAUCUGAACAGAAAAAAUGUCCCAUUUGCCGGUCCCUUGGCACGAAAAUUCGAGCGUAUGGCCUCUCCUGCCAUGGCUUACAGUGACUCGUACAGAUGGCCAGCGACAACCCAAUUACAUGCGAAGACGACUACAGGAAUGUUGACCACCACCAACUUCAGCACCACGGGUAUGGUUAGCCCACCAGCCUCCGCGGGCAACGAGAAUAUGUCCGCAUUGCCAUCACACUCUCCACAGAAACGGGACGUGCGGGCAGCCCUGCAUGUGCUACGGGAGUUUGUUCAAGGGCUUUUGAUGGGCAUUGAAGAUUCCUGCUACCGCCUGUGCACGGAGACCGAAUUGACAAUCUUGUUUGACGAGACCUUGUUUGGGCAUAUAAAUGGACCUGCAGAGCUGCUCUUGAUCACACCAAAUGACCCGGAGACGGAUGCCUUGCCUCACUCCCCACAUUUGCCUGUAGCACCUGCACAGACGGGGGCUGCGACAGAGAGUUUCAUUUUACGCUUUUCCAGGACUCAAGCUUUUUCAAACGUUUUAAUGAAGAGCUUACAACGGACCGUUUGAACGGUCAAUGCUUGACAAAUGGAUUGUAAGUAAAGUAGGCAACAUCACCAAAUUCGUCCAGAAAAG